AUGUCAGAUGCACCCUCCGCUGCCACUGGGCUUCCUAUCGAGCUCCCAAUCAUUGAUAUUUCGAAGGCUACCCCGGAAGUGGGGAGGGCCAUGCUAGAUGCAGCUACAAAAUACGGAUUUCUGUAUGUUGAUGGCGCUAGUAGUGAUUUCUCAAACGAGGAUGUGGAAUCUGCUUUUGAGAUGUCAAGGAAAUUCUUUGCGUCGCCCCUUGAAGAGAAAUCAGAGGUUGAGAUGCAGAGUGAUAACAAAGGCUGGUCUGGCAUGCAUAGCGAGACCCUAGAUCCGGAGCAUCAACAGAGAGGUGAUUUCAAAGAAGUUAUAAAUAUUGGCGCCUUCAAGGAUGGCAAGCCGAUCCAGAAGUUGCCUCGAUCUCUAGCACCUCGUGAAGCCGAAGUGAAUCAAUUCAUCGCACUAUGCCAACAGACGUGCAACCGUAUUCUGACUCUACUUGCCCUGGGACUAGAAGUGCGUAUUUCGGAGCCUAUCCCGGCGGAUUGGUUCACCGUACGCCACGACAAAUCCAAAGGCCCCAAUGCGGACAUCCUCCGCUUCCUCUUCUACCCGUCCAUCAAAGCCCCAUCUGUCUCCUCAUUCCAACACGGCGUUGACGUUCGAGCAGGCGCACACAGCGACUACGGCAGCGUGACGCUCCUCUUCCAGCGCGACGGGCAGCCAGGACUCGAGAUUCUGGCGUCAAAUGGCGAAUGGUGCCCUGUCCCCAUUCGACCAAAGCAGCAGCAGCAGCCAACGACGACCGGCUUCCCGCCAAUUUUGGUCAAUAUAGGGGACAUCCUGAGUUUCUGGACGAACGGCUUGCUCAAGUCCACCGUGCACCGGGUUAUUUUCCCGAUCGACGAGCAGAUGUCUGCGUCUGGUAGGGAUAGGUAUAGUAUCGCGUAUUUCUGCCAUCCUCUGGAUGACACGGAACUUACUCCGGUGCCCAGCCGGCUGGUGGAAGAGCAUAAACGGACAGAAGCCCUGCCCGGUCCCACGGGGGAUAAUAUCACGGCUGGUAUGCAUCUUGCUCAUAGACUGGAGGUGACAUAUGGACGAACAAGAAGUAAUGACAAGGAAUAA